AUGUGAGAAAGACAACGAGAAGGCCAUCCAAGAUGGCUGGCCAAAAAAGCGAAGAAUGGUCUUCGUUUUUAAACAAUUCCAGCUCGGAUUAUGAACCAAAUUUAAACAGGGAUGGGAAUAUUUGCGACAACAUGGAUGGGUUCGAUGAUAUCUUUUCCUACAUCUACCCUGAUGAUGAAAAUCCUCAAGGCAAUGGUUCAUAUACUACAGUCAAGACAGAGCCACCUACCCUUACCCCUCCUUAUACUCCACCUGAUAUGAUGGAAGGUGUUCAUGAAGAGUCUGUGUCAGAAGAUCUUGAUCAGUUUUUGCCCAUGCCUAAUAUUGAGACCAGUUUGGCUUCAGGCUUUUCUCUGAGUUCUUCAGAUGAACUCGUAGAGCAGAAACCUGUACUACCAAUGCAGGCAAAUGCACAGACACCAGAACCUAAUGUCAGUCACAGCAAUCUCAGUGCAAGUGAGAUGCUACAGACUUUGAUUUCUCAACAAAAUCAACAGAAAGGUAUUCUACAGCAGCCAGCAAAUUCAGUUGCUAAUGACGUUUCAUUGGUUGAUAUACUACAAAGGCCGAGAAAUACUAAUCCUACGAGUGUUCAAAAUGCAACAGUCCCUCAAAAAGACCAACAGCCAGCUUCUUUGGUCAACAACCAAGUUCAGCUUCUGCAACUGCUAUUGAAAUACCAACAGCAGCAGCAACAGAAACAACAGCUUCUCCAUCAGCAACAACUUCAGAGUCAAACCAUUGCCAGUGAGACCAACCAGCUGCAACAGCUACUCAACCAAGUGUUAGUACCAGCUGUAUCUACACCACAAGUCACUGCUCCAAAUACCAUACCUAUAAAUCCGACUACAAACUCCACUCCAAUGCUCAUCACUUCUCAGAGCUCUGUAAGCUCUCCUUCUAUUCAGAGCCCAGGCACAAGUGAUUAUCAGCAAUAUUCACCUCAAAUGGGGUCUUCACCAGGUUCAGCAUCAACCAUCUCCUCUAACCCUAGCUCCCCUCAACAAGUAAUAACAGGGCCAUCAUCACCAUCUCAAACUGUGCAGUCUCAGCAACAAUCCUCCCAGCAAGUGUUUCAAAUUCCAUCAAAUUUAGUUAAUAGUAAUUCCACAAUGGUCCAGGCUUCGAUUCAAACCAAUUCUAGUGGUAAUCCAGUCAUCACUAUACCUGUUUUACUAGACAAAAUCCCAAUCAGUAGGGUCCCAACUGGGAAACAGGAUAUGAAUGGAAAACCAAUGUCCCGCUCAAACCAUAAUGCAAUUGAGAAGCGAUACCGAAAUAGUAUUAAUGGAAAAAUAAAUGAGCUGAAGGAUCUUGUUUGUGGAGUAGAUACAAAGAUGAACAAAGCAGGGAUACUAAAGAAAUCGCUGGACUAUAUCAGGUACCUCCAGAAGGAAAAUUCCCGUUUGAAGGAGGAAAACAUGGCACUAAAGAUGGCACAACAACAAAGAAAUACCAUCUCUGAAAUGAUGAAAAGACAAGAACAACAACAAGAAGCUAAAAUCAACAAGCAAAAUGAAACACAGGAACCAGAAUCUAUCACUGUCGACCAGCUCCAUGCCGAGUCAUCAGUGUUGAACUCUCCUCAGCAUUCUCCUGACUCAUCAGUCACAAAUCAGACUCACUCCAAGAACAUCAAAUUGGAAAAACUUCCCUUUAGCAGCUGUGGCAUGCUUGAUCGCACCCGUGUUGCAUUGUGUUCAUUCUUGUUUGCUUUCCUUCUUGUCAGCCCUUUGAAUUUUCUCCUGCCACAACUUGGAUCAGGUUUUCUACUGUCAUCCAGUGCCGAUUAUGCAGCAGCUCAUACAGGGGGACGUACUCUCAAUGCUGUUAACAGUUCAUCUGACCCAUACAUGAUCAUAACUUGGGCAAUUGUGUUCUGUCUCAAGUGGCUUGUCAACAUGUUCCUCGUAAUAAGUGUCUUAGUGCGUAUAUUUGUGUUUGGUGAACCUGUAACCAGACCACACUCACAGAGAGCUGUUCUUUACUGGAGGCACAAAAAUCAAGCUGAUAUAGAUUUGGCUAGGGGUGACAAUAUUUCAGCUGCCAGACAUUUAGAGAUCUGUCUGCGUGUUCUUGGUCGUCCUAUGCCCACUUCCAAGCUUGACGUGUUCUGCAGCUUUGUGUGGAAUGUUCUGCGGCAUGUUUUGUAUAGGCUUGGCAUUGGUACCUGGCUGGCCUCUACUGGGUGUGGGGUGUUGUUUAGGAAGGCAAAUGAAGACAUUACCAAAGAGUAUGACAAGAUAAAUGCCCGUGAUGCUGCACUUGUCUGCCAUAAACUGCACCAACUCAGUCUUACUGGCCAUGUUCCCAGAGGCUACUGGCGAUCAUCAGUACUUGGACUAUCAGCUAUAAAUCUUGUUGAAACUGCUGGUGAAUUUGUGAGUGUGCAGACAAAGGCCCAGAUAUACGUGACAGCAGCCAUCCAAAUCAGAGCAGCUCUCCCUGAUGGAUUGAACUUUGGUGCACGUUAUUUCCUUGCUCGUGCUAGAGAUACCUGUGCAGGAGCUACCAUUCCACGACCAUUACGAUGGCUGUUUCAGCCGCAGGGACACAGAUUUUUUGUCAGCACCAAGUGGUCAUGUCAGAGGAAUGAUACCGUAUGGGCCACCAUAGCAAAUAAUGCUGAUCCAAUGGCCCAUGUGAGUCAGGCAUUCCGUGAACGCCUACUCCUUGAAGCUUUAUCUGCUAUUGUCCUACCCAAAGACAAGCCAUCUGAAAAAGAUGACACCCAGAAUGUGAAAGACAGCUGGGUAGAUGCUUUGCACUACCUUGACAUAUUGAAUGUCUGUGCCGAGGCAACAGAAGAACCUAGAGAUGGUGGUUCAUGUGUCUUGGGGAGUGAUAAGAGACCUGUUCACAGUAGAGAUGAUGCAGCCAAGUGGUGGGCUACAGUUGGUAUGGUGGCAGUACACUGGUUAAGAGGUGAAGAAGAGGCGGCUGAGAGAUUGUACAGCACAGUUGGCAGUGUUCCGAAGAAUGUUUGGAAUGCAGAAGAUCCAUUAGCCAAAGCAAUACUGGAGGCCUUCAGAGCUAGAAAAGAAGCUUUCAACAGUAAUGUUACAAGAGAGAAGCUAGAAGAAUGCUAUAAACUAACAGAGAAAUCAGGCCUUCACCUAAGAGAGAGUAUCAGCUUGUCAUCAUACCAAAGUGCCAGCAAACUGCGUCAGCUUGCCCAGCUUCUUUGUUGUGAUUGGCUGUUAGCCACAGAGACAGAUAUUUGGGAAAGAAGCACUAGCCCUGACAAGCCUGCCAGGCCUGUGGAUCCUGACAUACUCUCGUCAUUCCAGUAUGACUUGGAGAGUCUUCAGAAACUUACCCAUGAUGUGCCUGCUGCUCUACCAAGGCUUUAUUUGUAUCAAGCGGUGUCACGAAUGAUGGCUGGUGCUAACCCCACCCAGACUCAUCAGUUAUUAGAGCGCAGCUCACUAAGGCAACGGUUUGCCUUCAAUGGUGUUCCAGGAUUCAAGGGUGCAUCAAGUUUAAAGAGUUCUGGUGAACGAGAGUAUGUAACAAGUGAGCAUGAACGUGCUGCUGCUUUAAUGAUGGCAUGUCGCCAUCUUCCAGAACCCUUUCUCUCUGCUCCAGGCCAGCGUAAAGGAAUGCUUGUAGAAGCAGCCAGCUCUCUUGAGCGUAUGGGAGACAAACGCACCCUACAGGAUUGUCAUCAGCUAUUACUACAGUUAGGCACAGUAGCAAGUACAACAGAUACGUAGUACAGUCUUUGACCAACACUUCUUGUAAUGUGUUUGUUGGAAAUGUUCAAAUACUGAAGCUACAAUUAUACAUGUGCUAUUCUUACUGUAGUUUCAGUUCAGAGAUAGAGCCGUGAAAGUUCUGUGUUAAAGCAAGCAGAAAAGCAGGUAACAGCAUAAAAAUUGUAGUAUGUUUGUUAUAUGUCUAUAAAGUAGGCAGAAUAUUUGUACGUUAAUUAUAGCAUUAUAUAAUUGAAAUCAUAUCAGUCUUUUAUUAUGAGAGUAUUAGAUUUAAGUACCAUAUCUAACUCUCUUUUAUCUCUAUUCUACGAUUCUACAUCUUUAAUGCUUGUACAAUAGGACUGCAUGUUAUUCGUAAACUACAAGAAAUGGUGAAAAUCCCUGGAGUUUGUCAACAGAAUCAUGCACUCAUAAUAUAUAUAUAGAUAGUAAUAGCUACUUGUAGGUAUCAACAUUUGCUAACAUUUCUGAUGAAGGCAUGCAGCCAUCAUUGCAGCCACAAUCACGAGUGUUUAUUAUUAUAUCUAUGUGUAGAAACUGCCAAAAACUUUAGAAUAUUUGCACUUAGUUAAAAACACUACAUUCCUUGUAUGCCUUAUAAAAUACCUUAACUUGGAUGCCAAAGGUCACCUAUCUUAAAUGGCCAGGGAGUGGGAAGUAACUGGUACAGUUGACUGACAAGAAGUAAAACAAGAAUGCUCAGGGUAUUGAUGGGUUGCAAGCAUUCCCAAGAGAGUGAAAAGACAAAAGCAUGGCAGCCAUUGCGGUGCCGUUGACAAUGCAUGCUAAUGACAAAUCUUUUGUUAAAUGGCACCAACACUCUCCCGAGAGGCCGCAAUGACCUAACAUGCAAUUAAAGAAUAAAGCCUAUAGGUAUAACUGACAGCACUAGAUAGUUUAAUAUCUUAUAAGUUUAAUUAUUUUAUAUUUACUGGUCAAACACUUUUAAAAAAAUUUGAAAUAGUAUUGUUAAGUCUUUAUGUGACUUUAUGAUUUUCUUUGUAACAAUGUGAUCUUUCAAAGGUUUCAUGGAUAUUAGACUGAAUGAAGAAUUUAAUAAAAAGAUAUUUGUUGAGUGGUUAA